AUGAAGGAUGUUUCAGCUGGUACUUGUGGUGGAAUAGCCCAGGUUCUUGCUGGACAACCAUUCGACACGACGAAGGUGAGACUCCAAUGUGCUCCUCCAGGAAAAUACAGUGGGGCCCUCGACGUUGUGCAGCAGCUUUUAAAAAACGAAGGGAUAUUGGGGUUUUACAAGGGCACACUAACACCAUUGGUGGGAAUUGGUGCCUGUGUUUCGAUUCAGUUUGGGGUGAAUGAGUUCAUGAAAAGGUUUUUCAGAACCCAGAAUGUUUCAAAGGGAUUGGGGGAGAACACUUCGCUAUCUUCGUUGCAGUUCUAUCUCUGUGGAGGUGCUUCUGGAUUUGCCAAUGGGUUUUUGGCAGCACCUAUUGAGCAUAUAAGAAUCAGGUUGCAAACACAAACAUCAGCAAAUGGAUUGUACAAUGGGCCCAUUGAUUGUAUUCGAAAGAUCCAUCAGCAAUCUGGGUUUGCUACCGGUGUGAUGAGAGGAUUGGGGCCCACAUUGAUCAGAGAGUCUCAUGGAAUUGGAAUCUAUUUCAUGACGUUUGAAGCGUUGGUUAAAUAUGACACCAGCAGAAACCAGAUUGAUAGAAAAGAAAUUCCUGGGUUGAGGUUGUGUCUUUAUGGAGCAGCAGCAGGUUAUUCGAUGUGGUUCACGUCCUAUCCAAUUGAUGUUAUCAAGACUAAGAUGCAAACCGACGAUUUGUCUAAUAAGGUGUACAAGUCUAUGUUGGACUGUGCCAGCAAAACCUACAAAGCUGGAGGAAUCAAGCCAUUUUUCAAUGGGUUUUUGCCAACAAUAUUAAGAGCAGGGCCAGUUAAUGCAGUUACGUUUUAUGCGUUUGAAUUAGCCAUGAGAGCCCUUGGUUAA